UCUUUCUUUCUUUCUCGUUUCCCAUCAAAGAUUAAAGCAAAACAGAGAGAGAAAGCAGAGAGAGCGAGAGAGAGAGAAAAAGAAAGCAAACGGCUGUUGGGUUAACAAUGGCUAAGUAUAAUCGGCUGUUGGGUUUUAGGUUUCGCCCUACAGAUCAAGAACUCCUCAGUUACUUCCUCUACAAGAAAGCGAUAACCAAGGAUCCAUUAAUGGCGUCGUAUUACAGCAACUUUGUGCAUGAGUUCAAUUUCUUGGGCGAAACAGAGCCCUGGGUGGUCUGGGAUCAGUUCGGAGGGCCUGGCCUGGUCGACGAAGACCUAUAUUUCUUCACCCAACUCAAGAAUUUAAGCCAAAAUGGUAAGCGAAUCAAACGCAAGAUUGAGGCCGGAGGUACUUGGAGCGAAGCCUUCUCGAAAAAGGUUUACGACAAGACGACCGGAAACCCUAUCGGCCAAAAAAGGAAUUUGCGCUACGAGAACCAAGGGUGCGAGCACCACGGCAAGUGGCUACUAGAAGAAUACAGUCUUCUUGAUAAAGAGGCGCAGAAGAUUGUGCUCUGCCGACUUAAAAAGAACAGCAGGGUUUCGAACAAGAGGAAUAAUUCAACUCAAGAAUUUAAGGAGAAACCCUCAAACAAGAAGGCAAGAAAAGAAUUGGCAUCGGCAACGGUCAAGAUUGAUGCUGAGGAACCACAGACAUCUUCUAGCCUAAGUAGCGUCGUAAAUAAUCAUGAUCAAGAGUUGAUAUUCGACAUUAAUUAUAAUGCGAUUUCAAAUUAUCUUUGUGGUGAUGAUCAAGAUAACAUCGAUGAUCCGUUCGACUAUGGUUGUGUUACUGAUGAAGAAUUUGCUAUCGGCAUGGAUGCAUUGUUGGGAACACCACCAUUGUCACAGGAGCUGCCUCAUAUGGGCGAAACCCUACAGGCCUUGGAUGCAUUACUUGAUGUAUCUUCUUCCUCAUUGGACAGUCCAGUAGUAGUUCUAGCAAGAGUUCGAUUUUUAAAGAAGAUAGUAGAUAUCGCAUCGAUCAGUCUGAUACUUUUUUGCAAGAUGUUAACAGUGUACGAGAGAGUCAAGAAGGGGCUGUGAGUAGAAGGAGGUUCUUUGCAGGCUAGACAAGGUUGAAAAUGGUUUUUUUCUCUUCUUUUUCCUGUUUUCGUUCGAAACUUUUUGUUCACUUAUUCUCCUUGAAUAUUAUGUUCAAAGUAGUUAAAUUUUCGUCCAAAAUGUUUUAUUUGUGUUUCUUGAUUUGAACGAAAGUUUGGUAUUUCAUCCUUUUUUUUGGGUUUCUUUCAUUUCAUAUUGUCUUCAUAUUUUCCUUUUCGUAUUGAACUCUUAUAUCACCAUUCCUGCAUAUGUCAAAACCAACAAAGCUGUGGUGAUUGAAUUAUAAUUCCAAGUAUGACACAUUUUGAAUACCAAUUCUUGUCCUAAAGACAUGAAAAAAUUUGCUAUUCAGUGGAAUAUUUGUUCUGAAAUUUGUUUUACUCUAUGCUUUUUGCUCUUCCAAUUACUGUUAAUUUUUUUUUUUUUAACUUAAUGAUCUGUUUAUCCAUGGUGUGUAAAUAAUGUAGUAGCAUAUUUAAAUUCUUCUUAAAAGGUGUUUUGAAUCAAGUGCUUGGUUCUAUUCUUCAAGAAGAAGUCUAUCUUGGUAAACUAAAUUGAGUUUGAGCUUGUGGCGUUAAAUAUUUUUCCAUAUUUGUGUUGCACUGUUUCUUUUCUUAUUCUUAUAUGCAGGGAUGACUUGUUUCUUAACUUAUUCUUAUAUGCAAGAUGUUAAUAUUGUACAAGAGAGUCCAAAGGAGGCUGUGAGUAGAAGGUUGUUGUUUGCAAGCUAGACAAGGUUGAAAAUGGUUUUUUUCUUUCUUUUCUUUUUCCUGUUUUUGUUAGACACUAUUUGUUCACUGAUUCUCCCUGAAUAUUAUGCCCAAAGUAGUAAAAUAAAUGAUCACAACUAUUCAAAAGUAUAUUUAUGUUUGGUAUCAUCUCAUGUUAUGUACGAAUUGAGCAAUGAAAAAGUGAAAGAUCAAUUACAGAGAAACAGGUGGUGCAAGUGUUACAUUUGUACUUUUUUGGUUUCAUUCUUUUGUUAUACUAAUACCUCAUUGCCUUUUUUUUUCUUUCCCUUUUAUGAUGUGUCUUUGAAACCAGCAAAAGUUCACUCUCUGAACUUGCUCCACUUGAAGCAGUACUAUUUGAGAUUGAGAUCCCAUUCAUUUCAAUGCCUUUCGCAAAAUGCUUCCAUAGGGUGGAUAAUAAUGCAGACAAGCAAUCCCGCAGCCUUGGUCCUUAUACAACACAUAACAAAAGCUCAAUAUUAGGCAAAGCUUUCGUCAUUUUACAACACUACCAAACACUAAACUUUCAGCAACAACGCAAGCAUUUCAACAAACAGUUUACAGACGACUCACAACCACGAACAGAAGACUCACAACAAGGUGUUCGAAAUUACUGCGACUCCACGCCCGAUUUUACCCGAUCCAAUUUCCGAUUGCCUCUGUUGUUGUCUUUGUCGCCGUCGUUCUUGUUG